AUGGAGUCGCGGCCGUUCAAAACCGGCCAAGCCAGAGAUCGAAUCAGCGCGCUCCCGGACGAGCUCCUCCUCGGAAUCCUUGAACGCCUCCUCCUGCGUGACGCGGUCCGCGCCGGCGCUGUCUCCACGCGGUGGCGGCACCUCCCCCACCAGCUCUCACGCCUUAUCCUCAGCCGCCGAAACUUCCAUGGCACCACGCCGCACGAGAUCAUGGACGCGUUCACCGGUGCGACGCAGGGGUUGCUGUCCGUGCCUCCUCUCGCCGACUCCAAGUGCGACUGCAGGAGCACGCGCGCCGUCAAGGUCCUCCGCCUCAACUUCUACGUGUCGGCCCCUCACCUGAGGUCUAUCGGCGCCGCCGUCGAGGUCACCGUGAGUCGUGGUCAGACCGAACACUUGGUGUUCGACGUAGUUCCGCCUUCCUCUGACCUUCGGCAUUCCUCCGGGGUUACCAAGUUUGGGCAGCAGUUCAUGUCCUUCUUCCGCGCCUGCCCCAUCGCCUUCCGGUGGCUCACAGGCCUGUUCCUCAAGAGCCUCAAGUUCAGGGCCUUUGACUUGCAAAGGCUCGUCCGUGCUUGCGACAAACUCAAGGUCCUAUACUUGACAUCCUGCAGAUUGGUUAAGGACUCUGUGCUCAAGAUCGACGUACCAAACUCCGUAAUUGAGAAGCUCCAGUUCUUCCACUUUAGGUGCAAGCGGAUCGACCUCGUCUCUGUCCCCAAGCUCACGCAACUGGAGUGCUUCUAUACGGCGUACUCCAAGAAAACCCCGCUGCUCUUGGGCUACGUACCUGAGCUUCGCAAGGUGGAACUAUGUUCUCAUGUCAAGGGGUGGAAGGCUCCAUUCGCGCUGAGCGAGUGCUUCUCAAUGAAUGCCUGCAAACUGUCGGAACUGUAUCUAGAAUUUAACUGCCGAAAGAUUUGGGUCAAGCCAGAACAUCCCAAGCAGCUCAGUGGCAUAUUCAGCAACCUGACGAGGGUGGCACUUUGGUUUAUCUUUCCUGAGUGUGAUCUGAAGUGGACCCUGUUUAUCCUAGACGCUGCACCUGCCCUGAAAAACUUUGCAUUAAAUCGGAUUCGACAUUCUUGUUUCGGGCAAAGUCCUGAGGAGAAUGCCCUGAAGGCCAACGUGGUGUGGGAACCACCCAAGGAUAUGAAACACCUGAAUUUGAAGUUGCUGGUGGUGAUGGGGUUCGAGGAGGAAGACCAGGUGACAAACUAUAUAAGGAUUAUCAUGGAACUAGCUGUGGGGUUAAAAAAAAUCAAGCUGCGUGGUCACCCUUGCAAGAACUGCAGCGCUAUCGACCCUGAGACGCCGAGAAGAUUCGAGGAGGAUGAAGCCAGAAGGCAUCGGGUGAGGGAGCGACUCACACAUGGAUCAUCCUCGUCCGUCCAGAUAAUUGUCUCGUGA